GGGGGGAAGCCGCACACAGUUGGCAGGGUAUACCUCUCACCACAAACCCACAUUGACUGAACGCUCAACGGUGCACCUGCUCCAGUUAGGCAAGACCCACCUCGGUCCGCUUGGUGUGUAGAUGUGCUUCUGGGGCAAGAUGUUCUCCACCGUGGCUCUGGUUCUGUUGAUCCUGGCAGGAAACGUCAGCGGUAUCGCUUUGUUUGAGGCCACUGAGAGAAACUGUUCCCUGUCUCCGCCGUACCUCCCCAACACAGCUGUGAACAGCAGUCUCCGGUUGCAGGAGUUGCGAGAACGAAUGCACUUCUCUAACAUCUCCGCCUACAUUAUCCCAGGCACUGACGCCCACCUGAGUGAAUAUAUCGCACCACGUGAUGCAAGGAUGGCCUUCAUGACGGGCUUUACAGGCUCUGCAGGCACAGCCGUGGUCACGCUAGGCAAAGCGGCGCUGUGGACGGACAGCCGCUACUGGGUCCAAGCGGAGAGACAGAUGGAUUGCAACUGGGAGCUGCAAAAAGAUGUGUCCAUAAACAGCAUAGCGGUUUGGCUCAUCUCAGAGGUACCUUAUGGUGGCAAGAUUGGCUUUGAUCCGUUCCUCUUCUCGCUCAAAACGCAGGAAGACUACAGAAUGAGUCUGGAGUCGAGCAAUCGGAGCCUCAAGUCGAUGCCUAGCAACCUGGUGGACCAAGUGUGGAAGGAGCGACCUCCCAUCCCGCCUGAUAGCCUCAUCCGCCUGCCGGACAGAAUCAUACAAAGGUCCUGGCAGAUGAAAGUGGAGCAAAUCCGGAAUCAGAUGAAGGAGAAUCCUUAUAAGCCCACCGCUCUCCUGCUUUCCGCACUCGAUGAGACAGCCUGGCUAUUUAAUAUGCGCGGGAAUGACAUCCCAUACAACCCUUUUUUCUACUCGUACACGCUGCUGACCAUGGACGAGAUCUGGCUCUUUUUGCACACAGAAAGGGUGACGGAAGAGAUGAGAGUGUACCUGAACACUUCAUGUGGUGGGCCACUCUGCGUCCGGCUGAAAAACUACGACGCCGUCUUGGAUCACCUCAAGGAGUACGUGAGCAGCGGGUCUGGGGUCAAAGUGUGGAUCGGCACCGAGUACACCAACUAUGCGCUCUUUGAGGUCAUAAAACCGGAGGACAAACUAAUGAGCAGCUCCUAUUCUCCUGUGCUGACCACCAAGGCUGUGAAAGAUGACACUGAGCAGCGCAUCUUGAGGGAUGCUCACGUGAGGGAUGCCGUGGCUGUCAUGCAGCUUCUCAUGUGGUUGGAGAAGGUGGUGCCAGCGGGAAAACAGACGGAGCUGAGUGCCUCUGUGUAUGUCAAUGACUGUCGAAGCAAACAGAAGGACAACAAGGGCCCGAGUUUUGAGACUAUAUCAGCAAGUGGACCUAAUGCUGCACUGGCACAUUACAGCCCAACAGGAGAAAGCAACAGGAAGCUGAAAGUGGAUGAGAUGUACCUGGUUGACUCAGGUGGCCAGUACCUAGAUGGGACCACUGACAUCACUCGGACAGUCCAUUGGGGGACACCCACUGCUAUGCAAAAGGAGGCCUACACCAGAGUUCUUAUGGGGAACAUAGAAAUAUCUCGAACCGUAUUUCCUUCCGGAACCAGAGGUGUAAACAUGGAGAUGCUGGGCCGCAGAGCAUUGUGGGAAGUGGGCCUCAACUACGGCCAUGGCACAGGACAUGGGGUCGGCAAUUAUUUCGGGGUUCAUGAGUGGCCUGUCGGUUUUCAGGGUAACAACAUUCCAUUUAGAGAAGGCAUGUUCACAUCUAUAGAACCCGGAUAUUACAAGGAUAACGACUUUGGCAUUCGCAUUGAAGACAUUGCAGUGGUUGUGCCCGCCCAUACAAAGUAUGGCCAUAACUACUUGACGUUUGACACUGUGUCUUUGGUUCCGUAUGACAGGAAGUUGAUUGACGUGUCUCUUCUGAGCCCAGUUCAGCUGCACUGGUUGAAUAAAUAUUAUGAGACCAUCCGGAGGCUGAUGGCUCCCGAGCUGGACCGUCAGGGCCUCCAUGAGGUGAAGAGCUGGAUGCUGAGACACACAGAACCCCUUGUGGACUCCAAAUCUUCUUCAACCAUCCGCUCCCCUUCACCCACCCUCGUCACUUUGGCUCUGGCUGUGUUGUGUCUAUUCUAUGCAUAGUAUGUACAGGUCUAUCAGGGGGAGAGAAGCACUGACAUUUGGACUCUGACCUUUUCGUUCCAAAUUUGAAAAUGGUUUUUUUUUGUAUGAAUUUGAUGCUUUUUCAACUAUUUAUGGAAUCACACUGCAUAACUUAUUUGUUUUUUGUCAUGUUUGAAGUAUACCUUUCCUGAGGUAACUCAAAUGCAGCAUUGAAGUGAUUUUGUUUUUUUGAAUACCUAGAACAUUAUUUUCCAUAUCAUUACUGUAUUUGUACCCUACUUUGUUCUGUUUACCUGAAACUGCAGAUCCUUCAAAUAAAGUAGAAUAUGUGUCACUUGCAA